AUAACUGCAUCAGCUGGCUGUUAGAGGAGGCCCUCUCAGGUAACGAGGAGCAGAAACCAUUUGACUGUACUCUGAGAGCAGACAUGAGCGUCCUCGUGGAGCUGGCCCUGGGCUCCACUAAGGAACCCACCAACAGUCUCUGGAGCAACAUGCAGGACUACGCCACCAGCAAAGACUGGGACAAUGCCUCUCUCUGUAAUGAGACCUUAUUGGACACAGUGUCCAGGUUUGUCCUGGCUGCUCUACUGAAGCAUACCGGCCUGCUGGGCCAAGCCUGUGGAGAGGGCAGGUACCAGCCUUGUAAGACGCUGGCUGAGGUGUACCGUAGUGUCUACAAGGUCAGGAACCGCCUGCUGGCCUGCAAGAACAUGGACGUCAUCCAGACACGCUCGUCUUCCCGGGAGAGGAGGAUUUCAGACAAUCAGGACUCGCUGGAGAUGGACCCCCAGGAGCACUCGUUCACGAGGACCAUCGACGAGGAGGCGGAGCUAGAAGAGAGGACGGACCGAGAAAGGGAGGAUGUGCAUCAGGAGCAGGAUGAGGAAGAGGAGGAGAGAGAGCACGAAGUCAUGACCGCUGGGAAAAUCUUUCAAUGUUUCCUCUCAGCGCGGGAGGCGGCGAGGAGCCGGGAAAGGGAGAGGGCCAGCAGCAGCGCCGGGGGAGGCCUGACCUCAGGAGGAACCAGAGGGGGAGGGGAGGAGGAGGCCACGACAUCCCAGGAGGAGCAGCACGGGAGAGACGGCUGUACAGGGCCGCCUGAGGGACAGGACCUGUACACGGCCGCCUGUAACUCUGUGGUGCACCGCUGUGCUCUGCUGGUGCUGGGGGUCAGCCCGGUACUGGGGGAACUGGGGAAGCAGCACCAGGACGAGGGACACGGCACCUUCCAGUCAGCCGGCCAGGGACAGCAGGACGGGACGGGCUUCAUGACCAGGAGUGAGAGUCUGAGUACAGAGAGCUGUUCGGCCCAGUCCAGCCCCAACUACAGGCUGAUGAAGUCCAGGAGCGAAUCAAAUCUAUCCCUGUCUGAUGAGGAGGGAUGCUCUGUGAGUGGCAGGAGAAACGUUGAUGUAGACCUGGCGUUUUCUCAUAAAAAGAGAGGUCUACCCCACAGUUCUCCAGACUCCCUGGCUGACUCAUGGUUCAGGGUGAAACACAGUAGGGACCAGCUGUACGGUUCUCCCCUCUACCAAUCCUAUGAGGAGUCGGACCUGGACCUGAGCCGCUCGCUGGGGGUUCACGCCCUCAUAGAGAACAUCGUCAGCUUCAUCAGUGGAGACGUGGGAAACACACCCGCCUUCAAAGAGCCUGAGGAGAGCAUGUCUACUAGUCCACAAGGAACCAUCCUGGCUAUGGAGCAACAACAGAACAGGGCUGAGCUGCGUCUGGAGGCUCUACACCAGAUGGUGGUGCUGAUCUCUGGGAUGGAGGAGAAGAGUAGCCAGGCUGCAGAAAGUGGGGGGAGCGGACCAGGAGGUCGACCCAGCCCCAGCGUUGCCUUCCAGUCCUCCUCUCUCCUCACCUCCGUCAGGUUACAGUUCCUGGCUGGAUGUUUCGGUCUAGGGACUGUGGGCACCGGGGGACGGAAGGGAGAGAGUGUCCAACUACACCAUUACCAGGACGGUGUUAAAGCAGCCAAGCGGAGCCUGCAGACGGACAUCCAGACAGCCGUCCAUAAGAUCUACCAACAGCUGUCUGUCACUCUGGAGAGAGCCCUGCAGGCCAACAAACAUCACAUAGAGGCCCAGCAGCGCCUCCUGCUGGUGACAGUGUUUGCCCUGAGCGUGCGUUACCAGUCUGUGGACGUGUCCCUAGCCAUAUCCAGUGGCCUCCUCAACGUGCUGUCACAACUGUGUGGGACAGAAACCCUGCUGGGACAACCACUCCAGCUGCUACAGAAACCAGGCGUGUCCCAGCUCAGCACUGCCCUGAAGGUAGCCUCCACACGACUACUGCAGAUACUGGCCAUCAGCACCGGGACGUAUGCAGACAAGCUAGGACCCAAGGUGGUCCAGUCCCUGUUGGACUUGCUGUGUAGCCAGCUGAAGAACCUUCUCUCUCAGGCAGGAGUCAGCCUGCUCACUGCCUCCCCAGGGAAGAACCAGGACAAGAAGACAGAGGAUGGAGCCGACACAGACAAGACAGACUUCAGAGCGUUGGUGCGUAAGCAGCACACAGCAGAGCUUCACCUGGGCGACUUCCUGGUGUUCCUGAGACGAGUCGUCUCCUCCAAGGCCAUCCAAUCCAAGAUGUCUUCUCCAAAGUGGACAGAGGUGCUGCUCAACAUCGCUGCACAGAAAUGCUGCUCGGGAGUCCCCCUGGUGGGCAACCUGAGAACUCGUCUCCUGGCCAUUCAUGUUCUGGAGGCUGUGCUGCCUGCCUGUGAGGCCAGUGUAGAGAACGACCAGAUGACACAGGUGGUGGAGCGUCUCUUCUCCCUGCUGGCUGACUGUAUGUGGGAAGCUCCCAUCGCCCAGGCCAAGCACACCAUCCAGAUGAAAGAGAAAGAGCAGGAGCUAAAACUACAGGGUGAGGAGGAGGAUGAGAACCUUCCUAUCCAGGAGGUGUCGUUUGACCCGGAGAAGACUCAGUGUUGUAUGGUGGAGAAUGGCCAGGGUCUGACCCACGGCAGCGGGGGGAAGGGAUAUGGACUGGCCUCUACCGGCAUCUCCUCUGGGUGCUACCAGUGGAAGUUCUACAUUGUGAAGGAGAACCGUGGGAACGAGGGGACGUGCGUCGGGGUGUCCCGUUGGCCUGUCCACGACUUCAACCACCGCACCACGUCAGACAUGUGGCUGUACCGGGCCUACAGCGGGAACCUGUACCACAACGGAGAGCAGACCCUCACCCUUUCCUCCUUCACCCAGGGAGACUACAUCACCUGUGUGUUGGACAUGGAGGCUCGCACCGUCUCCUUCGGGAAGAACGGAGAGGAGCCCAAGUUAGCCUUCGAGGACGUGGACGCCACAGAGCUCUACCCCUGUGUCAUGUUCUACAGCAGUAACCCUGGAGAGAAGGUCAAGAUCUGUGACAUGCAGAUGCGGGGUACCCCUCGUGACCUCCUGCCUGGUGAUCCUAUCUGCAGCCCCGUGGCCACAGUCCUGGCUGAGGCCACCACACAGCUCAUCAGGAUCCUGCACCGCACGGACCACUGGACACACUGCAUCAACAAGAUCAUGAUGGAGAGGCUACACAAAAUCAAACCCUGCUUCAGAGACUCAGCCAACGGUACUGGAGGAGGAGGUCAGAGGUUAAAGAAGAGUCGUUCAGUGCAGAGCAGAGAGGAGCAUGAUGCCCACAGGGACUCGUCCAGGGACCCCCAGAGAGGGGAGGAGGAGAGGGUCCGGCCGGGACACGGGGGCCGCCAGGGGCAUGGAGGUCUGGGGGAUCUCUCUGACCACCACCUCAGGACCCUCUGUACAGAGUGACACUCCCCUGUACAACCUGGAGCCCUGCGAGCCGCUGCCGUUUGACGUGGCACGCUUCCGAGGUCUCACCGCUUCCCUGCUCCUCGACCUCACCUAUCUCACCUCCAUUCACGAGGACGCUGGGAAGCUGAGCGCACGGCGCCACGAGAAGAAGCACCGUAGCGUCGGAGGUCACGAUACGACGACGACGACGACCGCUACGACAAACGACGACAUCAACAACAAAACUAGUGAGACCGAGCAGAGCCACCAACACAGGCUCUCCCCAGACCUCAAAGACACAACCACAACGGGGACCGUCACCACGACGACAACCUCUGAUCUGAGAGUGUCACACAGCCUGGACGAGGUCAAAGCUCACGCGGUGCCCAACUCGAAAUCAGAGAGCGAGAUCUCCUCCUGCGCCUUGGACUCCCAACACCAGGGCGGAGGAGGACCAGAGACCCUCUCCCCUGCUCCUCAGACCCCCCAGGAGGGCAACAGGAGGAAGGGCCAGGAGGGCCGGGGCCACGAUGGCUCUCCCUCCUCGGGGGUCAGUCAGUCUGAGAUCCAUGCGGUGCAGCUGUCCUACCUCUACCUGGGGGCCAUGAAGGCCCUCAGCACCCUGCUCUCCUGCUCCAAGUAUGUUGAGCUGCUGCUCAUACCCAAGGUCCAGGUUCAGCCGGAGCCUGCUCCCAGUGGACACAAUGCAGACCUGAACGCCGGGUCCACCCCUAGUGGCGCAGCGCCCUCGCCCGUGUGCCAGGAGGAAGUUGAGAUGAGGGCGGCACUGCAGUUCCUGAUGCGUCACAUGGUCAAGCGGGCCGUGAUGAGGUCACCCAUCAAGCGGGCGUUGGGAUUGGCCGAUUUGGAGAGGGCUCAGGCCAUGAUCUAUAAAUUGGUGGUCAGCGGGCUGCUGGACGAACACUGCAGUGAGGGCAAGGCCAGACCUGCUGAUCCAGAGUGUGAGGAGGGUGCGCAGGGAGAGCAGCAAGCCCAGACCCCCAUCACCACCAGCCCCUCUGCCUCCAGCACCACCUCCUUCAUGAGCUCCUCUCUGGAGGACACGACCACAGCCACUACACCUGUUACUGACACAGAGACUGUCCCUCCCUCAGAGUCCCCUGGGGUCAUGCCCCUUAGCCUGCUCAGGCAGAUGUUCUCCAGCUACCCGACCAGCACUGUGCUGCCGACGCGUCGUGCCCAGACGCCCCCGGUGUCUUCUCUCCCCACGUCUCCCUCUGAUGAGGUGGGCCGGAGACAGAGCCUCUCCUCCCCUGAGACACAGACCUCCAGACCAGCCAACAGGACAGGGACAUCCCUGUCGGACCCCAGCAGCAGACUGUCCACCUCCCCUCCCCCCCCGGCCAUCGCUGUGCCCCUCCUGGAGAUGGGCUUCUCUCUGAGGCAGAUCACCAAGGCUCUGGAGACUACAGGGACAGGUACUCGUGGCGAGGCUGACGCCCAGAACAUCACGGUACUGGCUAUGUGGAUGAUAGAACACCCCGGAACAGAGGAGGACGAGGACGAGAGCCGAGGACGAGGGUCAGACAGCUCCUCGUGCCCGGGGGCCACAGCCUCGGGAGGGGGUAAGAGUCUGGAGAGGAGCUACCUACAGUCCCCUGGAGAUAUGCCCAACGCGGACGCUGCAGACAUGGAGGAGGGCUUCAGUGAGAGUCCAGAGGGUUUGGACCAGGACAGUGCCUCUGCCUCCGCUGGUCCAACACCCAGAGGUCGCUCUGCUGGCAGCAGGAAACACCGCUUUGACCUGGCUGCUAGGACGCUGCUGGCCCGCGCUGCUGGUCUGUACCGCUCGGUGCAGGCCCAUCGCAGCCAGUCUCGUAGAGAGGGCAGUGCCCUACAGCAGGACCCUGGACCUCUGUAUGACUUUAACCUGGACGAGGAUCUGGAGCUGGACGAGGAGACCAUGGAGGCCAUGUUCGGUCAGGACCUGGCCAGCGACACUGACAUCCUGGGCAUGUGGAUCCCAGAGCAUGUGUGUGAGACAGAGGAACGAGACGAGGUGGUAGUAUGUGAGUUGUGUGAGGCGAGCGUUGCCAACUUCAACCAGCACAUGAAGAAGAGCCACCCUGGCUGCGGGCGCAGUGCCAACCGACAGGGUUACCGGAGCAACGGGUCCUACGUAGACGGAUGGUUCGGGGGGGAGUGCGGCAGCGGUAACCCGUACUACCUCCUCUGUGGUAGCUGCCGGGACAAACACCUGGCGGUUAAGAGUAAAACCACAGUCCCCGUGCCGGAGAGGUCAGUGGCGGACAGAAGAUAUAAGGGACUGGCCCCGGACCUCUUGGGGAAGCAGGACUGUGUCUAUGAAGAGGAAUGGGACAUGCUGGAUGUUGAUGAGGAUGAGAGGUUAACUGGGGAGGAGGAGUUUGAGCUGCUGGCGGGACCGUUGGGUCUGAGUGAGCGCCGGGUCGUCCCGGAGGCCGUCCAGUUCCCCGACAGUGACCCCCUGGGGGCGUCCGUAGCCAUGGUGACCGCCACCAACAGCAUGGAGGAGACUCUGCUGCAGAUAGCUUCAACAGGUGUGUGUUUCCCAGGCUGCCAGGGCGCAGUGGAGAACAGCUCCUCAGCCAGGGGGACUCUGGGUGAACAGGCCGCAGCGCUGGACAACCCCCAUGACAGGGUCAUGGCUCUGAGGAGAGUGACCUCAGCAGCGCAGGUUCUCCUGGCCAGGACCAUGGUGAUGAGAGCCCUGUCUCUACUCUCUGUCAGUGGUUCUAGCUGCAGCCUGGCAGCAGGGUUGGAGUCUCUUGGUCUGACAGACAUCAGGACCCUAGUCAGACUGAUGUGUCUGGCUGCAGCAGGGCGAGCCGGCCUCUCCACCAGCCCUACGGCUGGAUCAGGGGCCUCAGAGCGGCCCCGCGGGGCCACCAAGGCCAGUAAGCCUAUCUCCUGUCUGGCCUAUCUCAGUACGGCUGUGGGUUGUCUGGCCUCCAACAGCCCCAACGCUGCCAAGCUGCUGGUCCAGCUCUGCACACAG